GAUCUAUGCAACAACCAACCGAAGGAUCUAUGCAACAACCAACCGAAGGAUCUAUGCAACAACCAACCGAAGGAUCUACACAACAGCCAACCGAAGGAUCUACACAACAACCAACCGAAGGGUCUACACAACCAACCGAAGGGUCUACACAACCAACCGAAGGGUCUACACAACAACCAACCGAAGGAUCUACACAACAACCAACCGAAGGGUCUACACAACAACCAACCGAAGGGUCUACACAACCAACCGAAGGAUCUACACAACAACCAACCGAAGGAUCUACACAACAGCCAACCGAAGGGUCUACACAACAACCAACCGAAGGGUCUACACAACCAACCGAAGGGUCUACACAACCAACCGAAGGGUCUACACAACAACCAACUGAAGGAUCUACACAACAACCAACUGAAGGGUCUACACAACCAACUGAAGGAUCUACACAACAACCAACUGAAGGAUCCACACAACAACCAACUGAAGGAUCCACACAACAACCAACUCAAGAACCUACACAAACUCAGGAAUCCAAUCAGAAACGACAAAUAAUGAAUCCUACAACAUCUAUUAUGGAACCUACUGAGAAUCCUACAACAUCUUCUGUGGAACCUACUGAGAAUCCUACAGCAUCUACUGUGGAACCUACUGAGAAUCCUACAGCAUCUACUGUGGAACCUACUGAGAAUCCUACAACACCUACUGUGGAACCUACUACAUCUACUGUGGAGCCUACUGAGAAUCCUACAACAUCUACUACGGAACCUACUGAGAAUCCUACUAUGGAACCUACCGAGAAUCCUACAUCUACUACAGAACCUACUGAGAAUCCUACAACAUCUACUACGGAACCUACUGAGAAUCCUACAUCUAUGGAACCUACCAUGAAUCCUACAACACCUACUGUGGAACCUACUGCGAAUUCUACUCAGGAACCAACCCAGGAACAAGAAUGUUCUGUUCACAGUCAAUCAGUGGUACAAGAAGAACCCAUCGUCGUUGUUUUGCAUGGAUCGGGUUCAGAAAGUGUUCAAUAUCCGUCUACGUCAGUUGAAAACGAUGCCGAUGAUACCGCUGAUAAAGAAUCUGAAGAUGACGCUCAAAACUAG